GUUUCCUGUCUACAUUGCACAGUGAUAGCGAAAAUGACGACGGAAAUAUUUGAUAUUAUAUAAAAUGUUAAGCACUCAGAAAGAGAGAGAAAACUUCUACAGAAUCUCAACAAUAAUUGUUGAUCAUGGAAAAGAGUCGUUGAUUUUGUUGUUAGAUAAUGAACUUAACUCUAACAAUCAAACACUGGAGGAUUUCAUAAACUUGAACCAGCAUGACAUAUAUCAUUUAUGCUUUAAUAGAUAUACAUGUUGCCAGUGUGUCAACAGAAAAUUACCACUAACCACUCCUACGAGUAGAGUUCUUCAUCCCGAUCAAUUAAAUAUACUGCUAGACAAAAAUGGAAAAACCCUGUCUUGUCAUAAUAUUAAAAGCAAGGCACAAUUCUGUUGCUGUCCCGCAAAAUCCACUCUUACAACAAAACAUCUGGAUUUAACAUUUCUUCGUUGUCUGCUGAUUAAUUUUGCCUCGAUCUGUCCUCCGAAUAGUAACAUUAGACUUGCAGUUGAUGACCUUAUUGGACAUCGGAAUAAAUUGUAUGGACAUGCGCAAGAAGCCAAAUGUUCAGGUACUGACUAUAUACUUUACAAAAGUCAAAUUGAAACAGUCAUUCUUACAAUUGCAAAAUCGUGCAAUAAAAAAAGUGAAAUGAAACAAAAACUCAAAGAUGCUGAAGUUCGACCAUUGGAUGAAAUAAUAUGUCAACAAUAUCAAAACUGUUUGUUGUCUGAUAUUCGACAAAACGAAGAAAUCAAAACGGAAAUAUAUAUGAUAAGAGAACAAUCUAGACAAAACAGAGAUCAAAUCGUCCAGCGCAUCUUGGAGAGCAAAGAGAAAAUCGCAAACAAUAUCACGUCCCAGAAUGAAGCAUUUACGGACAAAAUCGACGGAAUGAUGGAAAGUUUAACUCAAAGGGAUGAAAUUUUAUAUGAACGAAUUAAAAGUCUUCAUGUUAAAGUUGUUGACGAAGUCAACAUACAUAGCAAAGAAAUUAUGAGAACAAUAAAAACAGAAGAAGAUGAUGUACAGAUGCAGCAUACGGAACUCAUUGGACAUUUACAUAAAACAGAGCACAAUAUUCGAUUAAACACAGUAGAACAAAGGGAAGGUAUUCUGACACAAUUAGAAAAAACAAGACAAGACAUAACUGAUCAGAUUCAUAACCUAAGUAUGGAUGUUAAAGAAUCAGUAACCAAUCAGGCGAUCAAAACAAGAAAAUUAGAUGUCCGAAAACAAAAUCUUAUAGAUCACAGCAAUGCGAUAAUUCAAGGUCACCUAUCUGAUGAAACAUUCGUUAAAACAGCUGCGCUUGAGAAGGGGAAAACUAUUCUAAAUGAACAAAGCCUUCUGAUUCUGCUAGGCAAAGGAGGUUCUGGUAAAACACAGAUAGCGCUGAAUUUAGCAUCCGUGUACAAAGAUAAAGGAUACAUUCCAUUUUUCUUCUUAGACAAAGAUGUUAUUAAGUACAGAGAUUUAAUUUCGUUGGCCGAAAAAUGCAUCGUAAUUGUUGAGGAUCUUUUUGGUAGGAGAAAUGUUGACUUUCACGAAGGUAGUCACAAAAAUAUUCUGGAUAUUUUGUCAAAUUGUUUAAAGACAUCUACGCUCUUGAAAAUGGUGUUUACAAUAAGAAACGACCCAAAAUGCAGUGAAAACAUUUUAGCAAAGCACGAUAUAUUUGAUAAAAAAUGUAUUGUGAAUUUAGAUUAUAAAUACAGACUAACAGACAAAGAACGGAUCACAAUGAUUUUGAGUCAUAUGAGAUAUAAUUCAAUCAUCCCUUGUAAAAGUCCAGUAAAGGUAGAUAUAUAUUUUGACGAUGACCCCUAUCCUAGAUGUUCAUCUGAAUGUACUGCUGAUGUCAUUGCAUUGUCAGACAACAACACUCAAAUAUGUACUAACACAGUUUACCAAUGCUGCAUGUGUGACACAUAUUUAGGAUUUCCAGAAACUUGUCGGAUGUUUUGCAGUGAUAAAUCCCUAACGAUACUUGGUGUGGCAUAUUUUCGUACCACUAAUAAAUCGUUGAUAAAUAAGGUCACAGAUCUUUUCACAGAAGGCUUUGACAAAUUAUCUUGUCGUUACCAGUACUGUGUAUUGGUAUACACUGCUUUGAAAUGUAAUUUUUUCGAUAACAACAUUUUAGGAAGCCAUAUAGAAAAUGAUGAAUUGUUCCAGAGGAUAUUUUCUAUAUUUGAUGACAAGAAAUCAAAGAUACGAAAAACGUUAGUCCAACAAGCUAUUCUUACCCUUGAAGGAGGGUACCUAAUAAAAAGUUCAAAGUUUGGUGAGUUUUACCAAGAUUGGGUUACAUAUCCAAGAGGAAACGCCUACACGUUUAAACAUCAAGCCGUCCAUGAUGCUGUUCUUGUCUCAUUUGGUAACGAAUGUCCCGAAACAUUGAUGAAACUUGAUAUCUGCGAUCUUGGAUUUAUUUUACAAUAUAUAAGGCCAAGCUUGAAACAACAUGAUUUCAAUUCAUCCGUCAUACAUGUGGAUCAAAAACUACUUAUUGAUAAGCUGGUCUACUUUCUAGAUGAUGAUUUGUCAUUCAAAAUCAAUUUUUCCUCAGAAUUUCAAAUUACAGGAAUUUUGAAUCCAUGGAAUCCGCCGUUACCUGGCUGUGCAGAUGAUGAAGACAGUUUUCAGGACCAAACACAAUCUGACGAAAGCAAAGGCAAUGAAAGUUCUGAUGAUGAAAAUAGUUUAUUUGAUUCAGAGUCUGAAGAUUCCAAUCCUGAAAGCGAUACAAAUGACACAGAUGAUGACGGAGAACCUUGGUUCCGUAGUUAUCCAGAACUAAUAGGGGAAUAUAUUAGGAAAUGCAUUAUAGAAAAAAAAUUCAUCACAUUUGUUAAACUAUUUCUUGAAAGACUCUCUACACGUGUACCAUCCCCAGAGCAAAUGAAGGCGUUCCUCAAUGGACUGACCAGAAGUGGAACCUGCUUGAUGAACUUAACAGUCAAUUCAGACAUCAUACGUGAUUCUACGUUCAAAUAUGGAGAUGUAAAUGUACUUUGUCUUAUGUUUAGACCAAAGAGUUCGAAUAUUAAGCAUUAUAGUUUUUAUGAAUUAGAUGAUAUCGUUCUUCAAGACAGACUUAUUGCAAUCAUUGACGAAAAACAAAGUUAUAAAAUUAUAACGGAAAUUGGAAACUUUUUGUAUAGAAUUGGAAUUCAAGAUGAAAACCCUAAGUUUGUCCAAAGAUAUUUGGACAGCAUUAUCGAUAAAUAUAACAAACGAGAACAUGUUUAUAAAGUCCGUUAUAUCAUCGAUGGUAUGACUGGCAAAGGCAGCCGAACUGGUGUUGUCUCCCUUUUUAUAAAAUUCAUGCAAAAACACUUACUUACCUAUGGAAGUAUUAAAGCUAUCAUUGGUCUUUGGGAAUCAUUAUACGCUGCAACACACAACAUCAGUCAGACGGAUAGUAAUAUACAAUUAAUGGCAGUUCUAGAAAAUAAAUUCAAACAUCAUAUACUGCUAGGCGCAGAUACUGAACAUGGAGGGAAAUACAAACUACAUACGCAGGAGUACGGAGCACGUCUAUUCGACCUAGGUGUUAAAAUUCAAGACAACAUGUUAAUCGAAGACCUGAUAUCAAAAAUGGUUGAAAUUUACGAAGUGUUUCUUGGAGGUAGAUUGACUUAUUAUUUUGAAUCACCAAACAGUUUCCAUUUCUUAGUUUAUUUCUAUAACGGAUUUACUAAAUUUGAUUCGCGAAAAGAAGAUGCAACACAAAUGUGUCCUUUUGGAAUGAAAAAACUGCAUCGUCAUUUGAAGCGAUAUAAAAUAUUUUUAAAGAAAGUAAGAGAAGCAAUAUCCCAUGCCAACCAGCCAGAGGAAGACGUAGCUAAUAUUGAGUUUUUGUGUAUACUUAGGAACAUGAGCAUUCACAAUCCUAACAACAGUAUUGACGAGGAUGAUGGAGAGGACGAUGGUGAUCAAUGAUCUUAAAAACAACUUCGAAAUUGAAAAAUUACAGAUUCGUUGACUGUUGUUUCAAGCAUAACACAAUCAUAUUUCAUUCUUCAUUCAAACUGGGUUUUAUUACAUAUACAUUACACAGCUAAGAUUGUUACUAAAGUGGCUCCAAUUAAAAUAGUUGAAGGUCAAUAACAAUCUGACAUUGUUCCAGACUGUUACAACUUCUUUAGUCAAAGUUGCAAUUGACCUUAGAUGAAAUUGAUCUAUUUUCAGUUGCUUUUACUCAUUAUGCUCCUAACGUUUCUUUUUAUCAAUGCAUCCAUGUGAUUAAAACGACAACAGUUAUACAAAUGUAUUUUGAAAAAUAGUUUUAAACAAAAUAUUACAUAUAGUUUUAGAACGGGUAAAUAGAAGUUAUUAUAUGCAUUUUUAUAAAUAUUCACACUAGUUUACAAUACACAAAUAAUCAAUCAUUAACAAUAAAAAUACUUCGUAUUAAAUA